AUGUUCACCGCAGAGGCGCACAAUGCUGGGCCGCACGCCACAUUCAAGUUCCCCGCCUUCGAACCGGACCUACUGCCAACACACGAAGAGGAGCCGUUGGGUCUGAGCUCUUCACGCAACGCGAGCCCCAGCCACGCCGCGCAUACGAACGUCUAUGCCACACCGUCGGACAGGUGGCAACCCCGGAAAGAAGCACGAGUAGGGUUUGCGCACAGCUCCACGCCAGGACCCUCCAACAGACAUGGGAGACAGAAGAGCCUUAGCGAGGCUUUGCACACGAUACGGGCACGGAAAGGCAGCGUCAGCCAGAACGCGCAUGAGAUCGCAGAUGCGCUCAAAGCGCCGCUUUCUCCAAAGCUCGUCAUGCUCUGCGGUGUCUGGUACCUGACCUCCAUCUUCACCAACAUGUCGUCGAAGACCAUUCUUACUGCGCUCCCAAGACCGAUCACACUUACGACCGUCCAGUUCGCCUUCGUCUCGGGGUGGUGCAUCAUCCUGGCAGCUUUGGCUAAGCGUUACCCACGAAUGAAACAGACAAUGCCGUUCUUGAAGUAUGGAAUCCGCCGACCUCACAAGGAGAUUGUUGUAGCAACGCUGCCUCUCACUGCGUUCAUGAUUGGCGGUCACAUUUUGAGCGCCGAUGCGACAUCCAGAAUACCAGUAUCCCUGGUACACACCAUCAAAGGACUUUCCCCACUUAUGACGGUCCUGGCAUACCGCUUCGUCUUUGGCAUCUCGUACUCGAUUCCUACGUAUCUGUCUCUAAUACCUCUCACACUGGGUGUCAUUCUAGCCUGUUCGGCAGACUUCAAUGCGAACUUCCUUGGUCUCGUAAUGGCCUUUGCCAGCGCCAUCGUCUUUGUAACACAGAACAUCGUGUCCAAGCAGAUCUUCAACGACGCUGCAUCAGCUGAGAAGGAAGGCCUGCCACCGACCAAGUUCACAAAGCCCGACAAGCUCAACUUGCUCUGCUAUUCUUCAGGCUUGGCAUUCUUGCUCACGCUCCCUCUCUGGCUCUGGUCUGAGGGUUUUACUCUCUUGAGCGACUUCUUACACGACGCCUCCAUCGAGCUGUCGGAGAAGCCAGGAGCUUACGACCACGGACGACUUCUCCUCGAGUUCUUGUUCAACGGGACGUUUCAUUUUGGACAGAACAUUGUAGCUUUUAUCCUACUUUCCAUGGUCUCACCAGUCACCUACUCGGUUGCCAGUCUGAUCAAGCGCGUGUUUGUCAUUGUUUUCGCCGUGGUAUGGUUCAAGAAACCUUUGACGAGCACCCAAGCCUUUGGCUUCGUGCUCACUUUUAUCGGAUUGUAUCUCUACGAUAGGACAUCAGAUGCAGCCAAAGCGGACAAGCGCGCAAGAGCCCUGCAAUCGAAGAGCCAAGGAACACUGCUGCCUCUGACCACAGACAUCAAGUCAAGACCAAUGUUCACUGGAAGCCCAGCCACCAUGUCUGCCGGUACAGGCGCAUACCCGGUGGCGAGAGAUGAGAAGAGGGACGAUGACGGAGGACAGCGAAGGCCCGACAUGGGCUCCAGUUAUCUUCCGCCGGGGACGAAGCAGGAGGAAACGUGGCGACGGUAG